AUGCUAAGGAGUAUAGGUGGUUUUAUAACUCAGACUAAUAGGUCUAUUGUUACUAUGACUGCAAGAUCAUUUGUUAGUUUUGCUAAAGCUCAGCAGAUACAAUAUCCCUUUAACAAUAAUAAUGCGCAAGAUAUCUUAAGAUCUUUUCCAAACGACCAAAAAAAUAAAUCAGAUGUUGGAUUGAACAUCUCAUUUAAUGCAAUGAAGCAAGCCAAUACGACGAAUAACCUUGAUCGUGAUUCCUCUAUUAUCCUUCCUGAACAAAUUAGAGAAGAGGCAGCAUCAUUAAAGAAUUUUUCAAUUAAGACAGGUAGAACGGUCCUUGUCAAUAAUUCAGAUACAGCAAGUGCUUGCAGAAGACUUAAUGGUCUUGUAUUUGCUAAUCAAAUUGCAAUAGAUCGUAGGAAACAACGAUUCCAUAUGAAACCAGGUAAAAAAGCUGAGAUGAAGAGAUCGCAACGUCAUAGAAAGGAUUUCAUGAAGGGUUUCAAGCGUUUGAUGGAAGUAGUUAAAGAUGCAAAGAGAAAGGGUUACUAG